GUGAAACAGUCUUAAAACUGUAAUUCUUAACGUUCUGAUCACCAUAAAGCUUAGUUGUUUAUGUAAUGCUGUUUUUGAACGUUUCAAUGUUUAGUUUGAAAAUACUACAACAGAAUUAAAAUACAACAGCUUAUUUACAAAAAUUAUUGAAGCUUCAGAAGAAACUUCUCCAAAAUGGACUCCAAAGUGAACGUGAACGUGUCAUUGGGAUCGAUAAGCGAAGCUGAAGAAAUCGAACAUAAGGUGGGUGACAUGAGAGGAAAUAGGAUGAACAAAUCAGGGGUGAGUUUUCUUAACGUGCCAUCCAGUGGGGGGAAUUCAAUGAACAGCAGUUACUCCAACACUCCAAAUGCGCCCAAUGGUCCAAAGGAGUUGGCGAUGAGUCAUGAGCGUCGCAAAGAGAUCCUGGACUACCUGACUUCCGAGUUCCCCCACCUAUUUCCAUCUGGCAUGGAGGCGAUGAUCAAAGCUACCAAAGGAGUGGGUGUGAGGGGGAGUGCUCAGAGUAAGAGCAGUACCCUCUCUGCCAAGAGUAUCAUCACUGAUUUGGACACUGUCAAACGGGGAGAGAAAAAGAUUGAGGACACGAUGAAGUUAAGUCACGUGAUGGACCUAGUCAGAAUGUUCCAGGAACACGUUCCUACCACCUCCAUAGACCCUUUAACGUACCAAGAGGGGGACGUAAUCCAACAGCCAGGAAUGAUGCUACCCGACGAAUUCGAAACUUGCGUCAAGCGAGCCAUGGCCAUCGAAUCUUCCGAGUGGGACGAAGAAAUUGAGGUGUUAUUCAAAAAAGUCGACAGCAAAAGCACAGGGUAUGUGUUACUCAUGGAUUUUGUGACCUACAUGCUUCAAAAGUACCUGGAACGAGAUAGUAUGGAAGCGCAAUUGAAGAGCCCGUUCCAAAGCAAGCCUAGGAUUCGACUUUGCAGACAUAAUCACCAGGAGCCGACGGUGAAAGUAGUGUUGAUUAGGAACCCAAGUCGAUAUGUAUCUUUCUCAAAAGAAGGUGAGUUUGGAGUGUGGGACCAGCACGAGUUAUCAUUGGGCAAAGUUUACAGAGUAGCAACGGAGCAACAGGACAAUGGCAACAAGAAAAUGGUCCACAAAGUGUGGGUUAUGGACGUCAUAGUUCUACCCGACUGUGGAAAAAUGGCUGUGUCCACAACUGGCCGUGACAUUCGUUUCUACGACAUCUCGUCGGCUGUGAUCUUUGAGGAGUUCCAGUUGUACGGACUGAGUCACGUGGUCACCUGCUUUGACUACCACUGCAGCACCAACUUCAGAGUUCAGACAGAUUCCAUUCUUACCACAGGAGAUGAUGGCGGUCGAAUUUUCCAGUACUUCUUCCGCCAGGCGAGGAACAAACUCUUCGAGAAACCCCCCAGACAAGCGAAAGGACAGAAAACAAGGGUCUACAUUAACGACAUCAAGGCACAGGCUAUGUGUGUCAGGGUGGAGGAACUUCUGAACAAAGAAGAGGAGAGGUUCCACGAUGAAUCCAUCAGAGCUGUCAGAUACUUCACAGACAACCACGUGAUUCUUUCUACGAGCGGGAGCUCAAAUUCUUCCGUCGUCAUCGCAGACAAGACCAAAACCCGAGCCCCUUACAUUUGGAAGAUCGACAAAGGCGUUGAGUGUUUUGACCUCAGCCGUAAACACGACCUCCUAGUCACUGGAUCAGUAGACCAUUUCGUCAAGUUUUGGAACCAGUACGUCCCGAAUCGCCCUCUUGCGGUGCUGAAAGGCCACGUGGCGACGAUAGUCGGAGUCGCUAUAAUCGAAGACCUCGGCUUUGUUAUCAGUUACUCCGAAGACGCUAUCAUAAAAGUGUGGCAUCUUAAUGACUACAAAUGCGUUGACACAAUUGAUCUCCACUUUCAGUGUUUAGAGAACCGAGCUCCCGAACAUGGAAACUUCCCACUCUCGUUUUUCCCCUCGCUUAACUCGUAUCUGUUCACGUGUAACGACUACAUGGCCGAGUUGAAAGUGGGGACUUUCCAUAACUUCCUUAUGGAUUACGUGGUGACGCAUGCUUCGCCGCUUUGUGGAGCCAUUUAUAAUCAGGCAUCAAAGUCACCGGAUUUCCACGGACACGUGGUGACUGCGUGUGAUGAUUCGGAAGUGGCUGUUUGGAACUCGGAGACGGGAAGUAAUGUCACUCGGUUCUACAAAGCACACGACAACGAAGAGAUCACGGCACUCAGCUUCGAUCAGAAGGGCGAGCGACUGAUUACUGGGGGGAGGGACGGGACAGGGAAGGUGUGGUACUACCAGUCGGGGGUGCUAAGUCACGUGCUCCUACCCACAGAAGACGCCGCCGAGGUUACCUCCAUUACUCCCGUGCAGCACAUGGGGAAGCCGGUGAUCAUAACUGGGGGUUGGAAUCGGAAGAUUGUGGUGUAUGCUGAUGAUGCGGAGACAGAGAGGGUGCAGGUGUGCGGCAGGGAGAAGUGGAAGGGUGGACAGCUUCACAAAGAUGACAUUCUGUCGAUGGACAUCUGCUACCCGUGGAUGGCCAGCUGUUCAUUCGACGGGGAGUUGAUCCUGUGGCACUCGGAACAGGAGACAGUUGAGGGCAGACUGCUCCGAGGGGGAUACGACACUGGCGAGAACAGAGACCAGAUUCUGGAGGCCGGAAUGAAAGCAGCGAACAUGGAGGCCAGUAGACCGGCAACCAGACAGAGCAGGCCCUCGACCCACGCCAGUUCGAGGAGCUCCAGGUCCAGACCUAGCUCCAGGCACCGCAGACAGUGGGCUCAGACACCCAUCUCAGGAAGGCUGCCUAUUGAUAAGGUGAUGUUCCUGAAGAGUCGCGCUACCAGUCUGUCCACUCAGAAGGCGCUGCUGGUGUCGAGUGAGGCCGGAUCUCUCUCUUUCUGGCACUGCUUCAACAAAAAACUCUUAGCAAAGUUCUACGCAGCAUCCAGGCCCCAGAAUUCAGUUCUGGCUCUGUUUGACGUGGGACCCAAGAGCCAGCUAUUAACGGGAGAUACAAGAGGUUACAUCAGCAUCUGGAACAUAGUGGACUAUGCUGUGAAGCCGACUGGAGAAGUAACCACAGAAGCUCCUCCUCUCCUCAAGAAGUUCAAGGCCCACUACCAUGCAGUUGUGAGUGUGGAAUGGUUCAAACACUCCUCAGGUGCCAGCUUCAUCAUCUCAGCCAGCAGUGACAGAGCGGCCAGAGUGUGGAGUUACGGGGGAGCCCAACUGGUCGGAACAUUCGGCCAGAUUGGCAAAUGGGAUUUAAAGGACACUUCGACUUGGAAUCAGGAGGGCUUGGAUUUGGUCAAUAACACUACACUAAGCAAAAGCACUACUUUUGUGAGUGAGAAGUCACGUGAUACUCCUGGGGUGUCCCAAACAGAUGGAGGAGUCUCGGAUUCCAAGGGGGACGAGGGUGCUUACAAGGAAAAAGAGAUCGAAGUUCCUGAAGAUGAAGAAGGACUGUUGGAACACGUGGCCGAGUAUUUGAAGGAGAUGAGCGAAUCUGGUCACGUGGGAACUCAGCCCAGCCUACUCGGAACUUCAGUCGAGAAAACAUUUUUAACUCGGAUUCAAGCCAGGCGAUCCAGACGACACGCUUUCGAAGUAAACAUAGAAAAAACUAAUCGAUUCGAGGACAUCUGCGCUCCUUUCCAGGCGCUGCAGCCGAAACCUCUGGCCUCCGAGGAACUGCCGAAGGGUAUGGCCUUCCGACUGCCUUCGAGGACUGUAACUCGUGCCAGUCAAGAAGAGGCCGCCGGGAACAUAGUGCCAUUGAGAUCAUCCACUAAAGUCAGCUUCAAACUGAGUAAAGAUAACAAAAAAUAGAUCAGAACUUGUAAUCCCUAGAUUGAAUUUGAAAUUUCUAAACUGGUCUUGAAAUCAGCACUUUAUUUUUAAACAAUU